AAAGGAAUGUUUUGGGAAAAUGGCUACACAGAGUGUUGAUGACGUGAUCGUGUGCCUGAUGUCAAUGGGCUUUGACUGGCAGGAUGCACAAGAUGCUAUUCAAUCAGGGAAGAUUGCUGUAGAGGCAGCAGUGGAAUGGUUGAUUGCUGGUAAACCAGGAUACCAGAAGGUGUCAGAUGGAGCACCAAGUCUCAAACUACGACAGGAUGGGUCUAGCUUCAAAGAAGGUGCAAACCCAUUUGCUAGUUCUGAAACAAGGCCAUUGGACCCUGCUACAGUUGACGAACAGGAAAUGAGCCAGUCAGAUGGGCAAGGUCAAAGUUCAGUCGAGGAUGAAACUCAAUCAGUACUCAGCAGACUACAUUUGAGUGAGAAGCAAAGAAAAUCCAAGCAGAGGUUUGAAAUGAAACAGAUGGAUGAGGCCAGACAGGAUGCCCUGAAAGAUAAACAGAGACGGAAAAGGGAUCAUGCAAGGGUCCUUAAAGAGAUAGCUGAUGAUAGAGAGAAGCAGAAAAUGUUUCAUCAAGGAGGCACGGCAGAAACUCCACCAACUGAGAAAAGCCCCAGUCCUGCCCAGGACAGUGCACCUGUGGAAAAGACACCACCUGUCAAAACCUCCACCCCAGCUGGUGGCAAAUGUCUGCUACAGAUCAGGAUGAUGGAUGGUGGGUCUGUACGCCAGUCCUUUCCUGCCUCUGCUGGACUGAAGGAAGUUUGGCAGUUUGUGAAAACACAUCAGAAAAGCUCCCUCAAUGGAAUGUGUUUGAUUCAGCCAUUUCCUCACAGAGAAUUAGGGGAACCUGACAUGGAAACAUCCCUACAGGACCUCGGCCUGACUCCUUCAGGGUCAGUGGUUCUGAGGAAAAUAGAGAAGAAAGAGGCAGCCUCCAAAACUACAGAAAUGGAUACAGAGGAAUCCGAAGGUGCUACAGGAUCUAACAAGUUCAGUGGUUUGACCUAUGGCACACCAGGGGCCAAGGGAGGUUCCACUGGACUCAGGUCCCUUGGGGGCCAGGGGCCACCUCCAAUGCUGCCACCAACAUUUGGUGUUGAUGGAGGUGGAUGUGGUUUUGGGGGGCCACAAAACCUACCUCCUGGAAUGCCACAGAUGCCACCUGUUUUGGGAAUUAACCCACUAGGCAUGCCCGACAUAGUGCCUGGGCCAUCACAGUCCUGGGGUCAAGGUCAUGUUCUUGGACAGGAAGAUGAUCAGCCAGUUCUGCCAGAUUUAGGUGAGGGUGCUGAACCAGACGAGGAUGCUGACGAUGAUGAGGGACCGGACGUUGUCCCUGGACAUGAUCACUUUGGCCACGGAUUUGGAGGAGGUGGAGGUGGUGGUGGCGGCCUCCCCUGGGGUAACAACCUGGGGAUGGGCUUUGGAGGAGGUGCCCAUGCUGAUGAGGCUUUCCAGGGAGUUGGGCAGCGUCUGGUGCCCGAGGGACACCCUCAGCAAGUGGAGAACCACAACAAGUCAGCAUGUGAAAUGGCAUCUGUGAAAGCAAGAGAGAGAUAUGCCCAGCCAGCAGCAGCAGCUCCUCUGCCAGCAGACAACCAAGCAGAGGUAGCAUCUUCUUCCCUGUUCAGUGUCCAGCCGCUGUUCUCUCACUGCCUUUGUCACCUCUCCAGACGACUCAAGGACCCUCGCAAUCAACUCUACUCUCUUGGAGGUCUUUCUGAGAGCCUGGCCCAGAGGCUGCUAGAAUAUCUAAUAAAAAACAAACUCCUAACAUCCAAGAUACUCAACGCUUUCAUCCCAUGUUACCUCCGAAAGCUGAUACUAGAUUGUUACCCAUACGCCUCAAAUGAACUGUUGAUGUCUGCCAGGUUUCAUACUCAUUUGGUACACCUCAGUCUGCGGUCAUGUACGCUUAUUACAGAUGCUGGUCUCAAACCCCUUGUAGUCUUAAAAAAAUUAAAACAUCUCGACUUGAGCAGUUGUAAGCAGUUAUCCAAUAAAUGUCUGGCUGCCAUUAUCGAGUUUAAGUGUCUGACAGCACUGUCAUUGGAGGAGACAGGAGUUACCGACACAGGGAUGAUCGAGUAUCUAACCUCGUGUCCCACCUGUCUACAGCAUCUUAAUCUCAACAAAACACAGGUUACAGAGAAACUCAUACCACACCUGAAAGACUUGCCAGUCCUUAAAAGCUUGUAUUUGGAGCAUACGCAGGUUAGUGGGUUGUCAGGGGUACAAGAUCUAAACACCUUGGAGACGUUGGAUAUCGCCCACACCUCCAUAGUUACCGAUUCCAUGUUGUGUGUGUGUCACAGUCGGACACUCCAGUGUCUGGGUAUCUCACACACAGAAAAUAUCAACGGUGAUCAGGCCCUGCAGUAUAUCAAAGAUUUAAGACUACAUGCAAUAAACUUGCCCAGCAGGGUAACAACAACAGAUAGGGGAAUGUCUUUUAUUGCAAAUUUUCAGUUAACAACCUUAGAUUUGACAAAUUAUAUUAAUGUUGGUGAUGAAGGUAUGUCACACAUAGGAAAGAUUUCUAGUUUGCGGAAAUUAAUGCUUGCAAAUACAAAGAUAACGGAUCAGGGCAUGUUUUUGUUAGAAGGUCUUUCAAACCUUGAAGUAUUAUACCUUGACAAAACGAAUGUCUCGGACCAAGGGGCUGCUGUGAUAAAAAGUUUCCCAGGUCUAAGGGAGCUGAGUCUUUCUUCCACAUGUAUAACAAGCGCUCUACUUCAAGAAAGCACUCUGAACAGAUGUAUCAACCUAACUAAAGUCAACCUCAGCCGUACAAGUGUGACAGAGAGAGGUGUACAAAUUAUCCAGAUGCCCAGUCUGGUGCUCCUCAACCUUGAUGGAACUCGCGUUCGGCCGUCCAUUGAGGAAACUCUUCACACCUCGUGUCCGACCCUCAAGAAGGUCACUCUCUCCAACCUGCUACCAUAUAACCCAAAUGAAGACGAGGACUGAAAUUGUUUAUAUAAUGACUUCUGGAAAUCACGGAUACUGAAAAAACCCAGACGUUUUAAGCCGAUAUAUUUAGUUUCUGGUAGUCGACAAGAACAUCCAGUGCUUCGAUGGAUUUUUUAAUCUAUCAGAUGUGCGAUAUGGAUAUUAUAUAUUUUUCAAUGUGAAGCCCGUUGAUAAUGGAUCACCUGCCUAAUCAUUAUUGAUGUUUGCUGUAUUGUUGCUAAUGUUAUGGGCUGUACUAUAAAUCAUUAAUUGAUACAAGGUAUACCUCCACUAUUUUGAGAGGUACCAUUUUUUGAAAUUCUUAAAUGUGUUGAGCAGUUCCAUGUAUGACGACACAUGAUUUACAUAUUACAACCGAGCAACUAUGCAUUAACAAUGAUAUAUACCUGUUCUUCAUGUGCAGAUAAAAAUGGGAGCUUACCAAAAAUCAGUCAUGCACAUUUUAACGACACUAUUAGUAGAUCUUGUGAACAUCCUGCGUUUUUGUCAAAAUUAUCCAAGAAUGAUGUAAUCCUAAAAUAUAUGUAGUACUAUUACCAGGUAAAUAGUCUGUGUUAUAUUGCUUUGUGUUGAUAUCAUAUAUUACGUUAUUUGUCAAAAUCCACACAGAAUGACGUGAUAAUGAAUCCGUGUUAUAGAUAUUAAACGAGUGCAUUAAACAAGCUGUUGAAGAUCUAUUCUUUUGUUUUAGAUAUAAAACAUCUGGCUCCGUUUUUGACAGUACCACAGUUCAUUAUACACCAGCUGUUGACAGUGUGCGAGUUAGAUUGAUAGUAGUUUGGUGUACUUGUAUAUAUGUACGUAGUGAUGGAAGUUGAGCUAGCAUGUGUAUGUAUGCCCAAGCAUGCAGUCCAGGCUAUGGGGUUAAAAAAAUGUGGAUUGAAUUUCAUGAAAUUGGUUAAGUUGAACUGCAGUCAGGAAUGCAUGCAUGAAUGAACAAGUCAAUUUUCAAUCCAUCACAACUAUUUUCCCACUGCAAUGUUCAGAUUUCCGUAGCUGUGAAGUUGAUCUUCAACUUCUGUCUACAGAUUAAUUAAUGUCAGGAAAAUUCAUACUGUAAAAGAUUUUACUGAUAUUCAAGACAUCAAUUUGAAUGGAUAUAUUCAAAUGAAUAAGGCCUUUGUCCACAAACAUGUUUUGUUGUUAUUUGAACGUGACAAAAUUUUCUGAUAAGUUUUAUCUUUUCUUAUCGCGACGACUCCUAAGAAUUUUAAAAACUAAAAUAGUAAAUUUUCUUUUUUUCCCCUUCACAUUGAAAGGACUUCGGGUGUUAUGUGUCAUUUUUGGCCUCAUAUAAAGUAAAAAUUUCAACUUAAAUUUAUUUAACAAUUUCUGUUAUACAUUAUUGGUUAAUUGGGGCUAUCUUUUUUGUGCAUGUUUUUUCCAAUGCCCUACCUUAGCAACAAAAAUGCUUUGCUAUGCAGAAAUGGCCAAAAUAUGGUGUUUUGAACAGGUAGCAUGCAGAAAUGAAAGCCUCCGAAUGUGACAAACAAAAGUUCCUUUCUACGAAAAAACACUGGAAUGACAAUGUUAAGCAUGUCGAACAUUAAUUUGUUUGUUGCAUGUGGAGGCUUUAAGAAAUUUUUAAGUAUUAUGUUAAUUUCCUUCAAAACGGCCAAUUUUCAAAUGAAGAUAUUUAUGCAUUUCAUUAUGAAAAUGUGGGUUUAUGUCACUGCUUGUAAUGUGCCAUAUCUCUUUAAAACUAGUUGUGGGAUGAAUUUGCCAAUUCAAAAUCCCCUUUGUUGUGUGUACAUUGUAUUGAGGCCCUCCUUUGUUGUGUGUACAUUGUAUUUGAGGCCGGACAUAACCAUUAACACCCCUAGUCCUUUGUUGUGUGUACAUUGUAUUUGAGGCCGUCCUUUGUUGUGUGUACAUUGUAUUUGAGGCCGGAAAAGACCCUCAACACCCCUAGUCCUUUGCUGUGUAUUGAGACUAGGUUUAAUAAAAAUCAGCAAUGCCACAACUGAUGAACUCAACCCAAGGUCUAUUUCCCUUGAUGGUUUUAGCCUAUUUUGGUGUCACAGGUUUAGAAUUUUAUUCCAUCAGUAUCAAAUGUUGAUCUGGACCGAUAGUGGAGCCAAGUCCUGCUAUUGCUCAGUUGAGCUGGUGGAGUUUUCCGUUUUGAUGACCCUUAGUCUUCCGAUUAAGUGCAACUCCCUUCAAUAUAUCUUUAUAUAUUAGUUCCUUCUCAUUUUACCUGCUGAAACUCGCACUUACAGUAGUGUUACAGUAAUCCUGUAUGUCAAGUUUGUCACAUUGCAAGCCAAUAAUGAGCUCUAUUUGAUAUUCCAAGGUUUGAAUUGUUAACCUUUCAAGUGGGUAAAGGUCAGUCAUCCCAGGUGAGUUAAUAAAAUCAACAUUUCUUGAGAUAUGCCAUUCAGUCUCAAACAUUUGCUUGAAUAGUUAGCACAUAAAAAUGUGAAGGAAUGUAAUCAACCACAUAUAUGUAUAAAUAUAACUUUGAUAUGGUAUUUGACCUACAUAUAGCAUGAUCUUCAAAUUAAGGUACCGUUUAUAUGCUGCAAUAUAGCCAGAAAUAUUGAUGAUUGUACCGAUCUUUAUAUUAUUUCAUGUCAUAAGGCUACAAUUUAAUGUAAAUUGUAGAAAUUUAUGGCAAUAUUUUGUUUUAUUAAUUUUGUUCAAAUAAACAUUUCAUCAUU